UUUUUUUUUUAAUUCAAAUUUAGUAUUUAACAUUAAAACUCUUGAAAGUUAGUAAGCCACGAGAAGGUUUACCGCUUUCGUAUGGCUCAUGUCAUGGAGGAUGAGGGGAUCUGGUCCGAUAGAGAUCUUACAGAAGCAUUAUUUGGUGACACUGAUCGCCCCGGGCUGGAUGAACACACCUCUAAAACAAAUGUAGAGGACUGUGAAGCGUCUGGUGGACUUUACUGCACAAUUGAAGGGUUGACUAAAGCUCUUGGAUCAGUUGCAAGCUUGCAAUUAUGGAACUUAAUGGGCUUUUCUCUGCCUGUGCCAUCCCUCUUCACUUGGGAGAGCUCCAGUCUGAAAUCUUCUGACAUGCACUGUGAGGAGAGUGAGGUGAAAAGGGAAGAUGCAAUGGAAGUCAGUUCUCCGCAAGAAACGUAUGUUGCCCAGUUUGAAUCGGAGUACAUCAACCAUUGUAAGUUUACAGAUGAAUCUUAUCAAACGCGGUCCCUUUAUAUCAGGAGUUCUAUGAAGAAUGAUUUACACAGAGUACAGCACACUGGGUUGUCAGAAUUUGUGUCCUCCAUAUGCAUUUCUGUUCUGAAAACUCCCCCUGCGUCAAGCCCAUCCUCUGUGUUGAGCCCUCCAGGACUACAGGCCAAGUCAUACCCUCUAUGGCAGGAGCUACCGCAAGUAAAGCGUCAUCUGAACUCUCUGAGUGUGCAUAAGAUCCAGCUUCAAGAGGCCAUGUUUGAGCUGAUUGUGUCCGAGGCCUCGUAUCAGAAGAGUCUGAUCGUAGCACUGAAUGUGUUUCAGUGCUCCGCAGAACUCAAAGGGAUCCUGCCCCGUGUGCAGCACCAUGUUCUGUUCUCCAACCUAAAGGAUGUCUGCAGAGUCAGUGAACGCUGGUUGACUGAAAAAGAGAUGUCCUUCAGCGUUCAGUCUCGUGACGAAUCCGGGUGCCCCCUCCAAAUUGUUGGAAAGUCUGCCCCAGCAGAGUUUCCUCCCACAUCUGAGCAGCAGAUAAGCCAGUCCCCCGCUGAAAAUGAGGAGGCCAUAAUGACUACAGCUCAGCGUCUGGUUGAGGGGACAAAGGAUAACCUCAAAAAAUAUGUCAGGGACUUUGAGGGAGUGAAAGUGGCAGCUGCUAAGUUUGUGAGUUGGGCCAACGACAAGCUGGAAGAGAUGGACAACUAUGAACUACUUGUGCAGACUGCACUUCCAGAGAAGCGUGUCCGAAGAAAGAAAAGAAUGCCAGGAGAGCUUUUAGAUGAUGAACCAGUAGCCUCAUCUGAUUCUGCCUUUGAGGUAAAUGUCCAUAAUGUUAUUCUGGACACUGUGGCAGCACUCCAGGAAAUCAGCAAAUGUCUGCUUAGGUUUGAUGACAGAGCUACUGUUAGCACAUUACAAACUGAGCUUUCUAGCCUGGCAUACCAGUGGGACAGACGGAAACAGUCCUCUCUUGAAGGUUACACUGUCAGGACAUGUAGUGAGGUGACACAGGAAGUAUAA